AUGGAUCGCCCCAAAGUCAUUGUACAUCCAGGUCCAGAAAACUAUGAUUUAUUAAUACUCCAGCAUGAGCAUCGAUCCCAGGCUGUGUGGGAUGGAAAUUUGACUGGAAAAAACGCGUGUUUAACUAUACGUCGUGCGGAUCAUGAAUUUUGGAAUCACGUGAGGCAAUACCCUUUACAUAAUCACAUCCUUAAUUACUUUGAGAGGUGUGGAUUUGGGGGAUUUUUAGCAGUAGGUAAUGUGCAGUAUGAUGAAGGAAUCAUCACUGCACUUAUUGAGAGAUGGCGUCCAGAGACGCAUACAUUUCAUAUGCGGACUGGCGAAUGUACCAUCACACUGCAGGAUGUCGAGGUGUUAUAUGGCAUUCCCGUGGAUGGCCACCCAUUGGUGCAGAGAAAUGUUAAAAAUAUAACUAAAUCAAGAUGGCGGGAAUUGAUGUACAACCUUACUGGUUGGUUGCCCGGAGAAGAAGCAAUUAUAGGUAAUAGCAUGUUGGUAAUAACACAAUUAUCUAAUCAUUUGGAAACCUUGAUUGCCAAUAAUGAUAUUAUUGAUGAACACACUGUGAGGCUGAGUGGUUCAAAGCUUAGUUUACACUUUUUGCUUGACAUAGUAGACCUUGAUGCAAUAGGCGGGAAAGCUUGGGGAGCAGCAGCAUUAUCAUACUUGUACAGUUGUUUAUGCCGUGCUUCGAUGGCCAAUAGCCGUGAUGUUUGUGGAUUUAUUGUUUUGUUACAGGUUUGGGCUUGGGAGCGAAUAAUCCCGAUGCAGCCAUUACUUCGUCCCCCAAGAGUAAACGAACGAGAUAUUGUAUUUGCGCAGAAGUGGACUCGUCGUGGAGUUCGUGAAAGCGAGGCACGAGCUGUGCUAGUAGUUUGUAGGGAUGUUUUAGACAACCUAACUAAUGAUCAGGCUCAUGGAAUUCAUGGAGUUAGACAUUUGGCUUACAGUGUUCAGGAAAGUCCGUUAGAGUGGACAUUUCCACCCUUACCUUCGUGUGCAAAUGUCAGAAUCUCGAAGACCCCAGUCACAAUGUUGUAG